UCUUUGUCCACAGAGAGAGUGUUGCAGGCAAAGGGGAGUGUUUGUUGAUGACAGCAGGGGCCAUCAGUUGUAACCAUAUCUGGAAGAUAGAGAAGUUUUCUGAAUUGGUUAAGGAAUUCCAUUCCUCUGAAGUGUUCACUGCUGGUGAUCAUAAAUGGAGAGUAAAUAUCUGGCCCAAAGGUAAUAGAGAAGAAAAAGGCAAAAGCCUUUCUUUGUUCCUGGAGUUGAAUGAUUUAACAACCCUUCUACCUGGCCGAGGAGUAUAUGUGGAGGCACAAUUGCGAGUAGUGGACCAGGUCAAUGGUAAGCACGUGGAGAGAAAAUUUACUGUUUGGUUUAAUGACUCAAUUAAGACUUGGGGUUGGGGAAAUUUUCUCUCUCUCAAUAGUCUCAUAAACCAAUCAAAGGGCUAUUUGGUGAAAGAUGUCUGCAUCAUCGAAGCACACCUUCAACUCAUUGGAGCAAUUGAGAAACUGGGCCAGAAAUUAGAAUGAGUGGAAAAGCUUUUGAUAGGUUCAGUAUCUUUCUGUGUAUUAGGUUAUUCAUCUAGAUCUGGUAGAUGAGAUUACUGCAGCAUUUAUGAAGUAUGAUCUGCUCAUAAACAUGAACAAUUCACUCUACUUGCUAGUUAUUAAAUAUGCUACUGAACUUUUUGAUUAUGAUGUUCAGAAAAUACUUUUUUU